AUGCCAAUGCUUCACCCCCCAACAUCCAUAAUUCCAACUCUGUCGGUCAAUCCCACCAACCAUGCACCUCCCCUCCAGACCCAAGAAAUUAUUUCCCAAAUCAAGCAGGUACUCAGGGCUGAGUUUAAUGCCAGAAUCCUCUCUCUAGAAGAAGAGGUCUCACGUCUGUCAGCAAUAGUAUCCCUCACGCAGCAAGCUCAGAGGUCUUCUGUGCAGCUGAGACGCCCUCAACAUUCCGCUCCUGCUCGUCGCCACAUCAACCAGUCCUCUCUCCACCAGCCUUCAACCAAAUCUACCACUCAUUCAAAUAGUCAUGUUCCCAACGAGUCACAGGAGAAUUCGAGAACUCGUACCCCCAACACUCUCCCAUUUCGGAUUGUUUGGGGCACCAGAAGAAACGACUCGUCGCAAGUGGUACAUAAGGCAGUAUGUGCUCUCCUAUCAAACUCCUUAUGGAGCCUCGUUACAAUCAAGGGCUCACUCAGACAAAGAGCGUCCCGCUUGAUGUGGUGGAAUACCAUCAUGGCCCCGCCUGAGGUGCUAGAACGGAUCAUCCAAGUAUGGCCAACUCUGGAGGCCAAGACCCCUCAUGGUCUCUUCGCCGAUCUCUGUCUGACCGUCCAGCCUACACGACUCAACCUCAACAAACAACGGUUACAUCAGUUACUUCCCACUCUGUACCAACACAGCAACCCAACCAACCUGAUGCUACUGCGACUCCUAAUGUCCCUGCAACAGACUCUGCUUCCUCCCCCACCACUCAAACUGAACAAAUAA